GUCCCUAACAACAACAACAACAAGAACAACAACAAGAAGAAGCUGAGCACGCUGACGGCAGCCACCGCCGCCGCUGCCGCUGUUGUAGUGACUUUCAAGCCUCAGGGCGCUGCUGGGGCUGAGUGUACGCUCCUAUUCUGCUGGCGGACUACUUGGCCUUUUUCCUACUGGGUGUCGAUGUUGAGAAAUUUUUCAGUCAACAUCAAGGCCUGAUGGAUCCCUUGCCGCCCACGACCCUGGACAUGGGGGCCAUGUCAAGAUCACUACCCACGUCACGGGGCACAAUGCGCAAAUUCAAUUCCUCCAGCACCUUACCCAGUCUGCGCCGCGGCAACACCUCACGCAUCAGGCGGCACCAUCGUUCAAAGUCGCUCGAAUUGCCUGCCUGGGAGCCAGCCACCUCUUUGCAUAGUGCCUCACCCAAUGGGCCAAUUGUCAACAGCAAUGGCUGUCGAUGUGCCUCCUGCAUCGCGAUCGCCCGUCAGAAUAAGGCCCGCGAGCACCAGCAUCAGCUCCUGGCCUCAAUCGAUGAGCCCCCGUUCCGCGUAGGCGAGCGCGUUUUGCUAACCGAGGACCGCACAGGCGUGGUGAAGUGGAUUGGGCGUCUUCGAAGUGAUUAUACCGGCUCGCCCGUGCACGUCGGCGUGCACCUCGACGAGGCAAUUGGCACUCAUGACGGCAUUAUCAGGGGCAAGCGCUACUUUCGCUGCCCCCACAACCACGGCGUGUUUGUACAACUCAAAGACGUCCUUCUAGCGAAGAACCGAUUUGCUUUCAACUACAGAAUCAUCAAUCGGGAAGGCCUAGCCCAAGUCGGCACGCUGCACGUGAGCGAAUCCCCAUCCCCCACCAAGGACAUUUCCCCAUUUGCUUCUCCUCCACGUCAAGCUUCAGCACGGCGCAAAGAACGACAAGAAAGCCAUCUUCUUCCGAGCCACCCCUCCACACUCUCGCUGCUCAGUCUGGCGGGUGAAGAUGCCGAUCACAUUCGUAUUGCAUCAUCGCGUGCGCUCAGCGGCGCAUCUGUCAAGCGCAUGUCUUCGUCUGCCCGCGUCAAUGCGUCACGCUCUACGCGAGGAGGCGCGCGUCCUCCCAGCUUGUUUGCAUUUGCCGAGGAGAAAAGCAGUAUCCGCGCUUCCCACCCUCCAUCAGCAGCGUCGGCACAGCGCCUGCAAACCACCAAGAAGCUCCUUGAUGCCUAUCGAAGGGGCCAAGAACUCUUGGCAGAAGAUCCAGAAAUUCUCACGCGCCUCCCAACCAGCCGUCCUCACGAGUUGUGGACAAAUUCCUCGCUGGCGUCAGCAAAGCCUUCCCUUCACACCCCAGCCCACUCACAGUUCGCGUCAAAACCGUCCUCGGCUCACUCACGGUCCAGGUCGAAGCCAUCCUCGGGUCCAAGUCCUGCCAACAUACCCGGCGCCCUGGUUCAAACACCUGUCGAUUACACGCCGCACGCCUCGGCACUGGCCUCACGGCAGCACAGCACAGCAGCAGACGAUACUGGUGCCACUUUUUUUGAAGCAUCAGGCGUCAGCGAGCCACGCUGCGCGGAGCCGCCUGCUCCGGUCCCGGACCAAGCAAUUGCUGCGGUGCCAGGGCAGGAGCCGAGUCUCGAAAACCAGCGUCGAACGUCUGCCAUAAAGAUUCAGGCUGCCUAUCGCGGUCAUCAAGCGCGCAAGGAAGCCUCUCGACGACGUGCAGCGCGACGCGCAUCACAGAUUGAGCCAGUUUGGCCAGAUGACCCUGCGCUGUCUUUGUUGGAGGCCAAUGCCACCAAGAUUCAGGCGGCGUUUCGUGGCUAUCGAGCACGCAAACAUCUCUCCAGAAAUUACGACGAAAAUGCAGCACCUCUCUCUUCGGUGCUGGCCAGCCCCGCCAAGGCAGAUGCUGCUUCAACCGAGGAGCUGGAUAACGUUCUGCGGCAAGCCGGCGCUCAUGCCAAUGCAGCCGAUGCCAUCUUUGACCGUUUGAUCCAGGAAACGUUUUUACAGGCCGACCUGGAUGGCGAUGGGUCGCUGGACGCGAUGGAGUUUGCCUCACUUAUGGCUUCGCCAGCUCUCAACUUGGUCUUGGACGACGAGCAAGCUGCUCAGGUUAUGCAGGCCGUUGACCUGGACGAUAAUGGCCGAUUGGAAUGGGCUGAGUUUGUGCCCUUGAUGCGCCCUCUAUUGACGCGCAUAUUUGCCGAUAAAGCGCCUUCGGAAUCAUGGGUUGAAAUCUACUCACGCGAGCGCGGGGACGUGAUCUAUUUGGAGCGGGCGACGGGCCGGGUGGAAGUCCAGUUGCCGCCCAGCGCCACGCUUUACUACCCGUCCAUUUACCAACGGCCGCGCGACGAUUUUGAGCGGCUUGCCCUCACUACUUUCUUGGCUGCUGAUCGCCUGGGCCGUGGUUACCUCCUGCCUGAAGAGUUUGUUGGUAUCCUUCGAGCCCCUGAGCUGGGCCUCGGUCUAUCUCGCGAAGAGGAACAAUACUAUUACGAUGCAAGUGGUAUCGCUGAUAGCGGCUACCUCGACUACACCGUGUUUGCCUGGCUCUUGAAGCAAGUUUGUGCACGUGUCUAUCUGAGUCACGCGCCACCCGGGCCGGAAUGGGUGCAUGUCAUUUCAGAUGAUUUUGGUGUCAAAUAUUAUCAUCGCGUGAGCGGCGAAUCGCGCGACGACGCACCCAAGCACUACGCCACGCUCCAUAGCUUGUAAUUGGCGAGGGUUCUAUCAAGCUCUGCUACCAUAAAUAAUUAUACGAACGUUAUCUUCUUGCUUCAUGUGAUCACAUGCAUGUUAAUUUAUCCACCUAUGC